CUCCUUCUCUUCGUUGCGCCGCCGCUCCUGUUCCUGCAGGCGCUGCAGCUCCGCCAACUCAGCAUUUCUCAGCUGCUCGAAGGCCCUCUGCUGGGCCCUCAGGCAGGCGAGUUCUUCCUCCUCCAGAACCUCCAGGAGGGACUGCUCAAUGGUCUUCCCCACCAGGACCUCCAACAACGGCUGCACCUCCCGGUCGAAGUCGAACAGCUCCCCCACCUCGAUCUGCGUGGCGACGUCAUCGCCGGAUUUGGCAGGGAUGAAGAGCGGAGAUGCGGGUCGAUCGAGGAAGCUAUCAGUUUGGCAGUCGAUAUUUUUAGUCACCAAAAUGAGACUCAGCUCUUCCAGGUAAGACUCGGUUUGCACGUCAACGUGUUUUCUACCGGGAACGGCGUCACCAGACUUGAACCACGCUUCUCUGGACCGCAUGAGAUCCACAGACCUCCCCCGGAAGCUGUGCUGUUGCUGGAUGUCGGCGGCCUGCAUUGCUGACUUGGCCGGCAACACGUGUUGUGAACGGCUGCCUCCCCUGAUGACACGCCGAUCAUACAUAAUACUUCCAUACUGAGAUUGCUCUGUGGGGGACCCAGAACUGCAUUUGGAUCGGCUCUCAACAGGUCUGGGUCUACUAGAGAACACGUAGGUUCCAUUUUUACCUCGCUGGCUAUUUGAAACAAAAGCCAUCCGGUAAAAUAACUUAAAGAUUAUGAGAAAAUACAGCCUACAUCUGCUGAAAAUGUCCAAAACACAUACACAUGUUUUUACCCUCACGUGGUACAACGUCACGCCUCUUUGUGACGUAGUGUGACGCGCUGGUCGCAACGCGGGCUCACGUUAAAAUUACUGCAUUCCACAGUCCAUGACGUUCUAUGAAUUGAUUAAAAUAUGCAAAACAAACAAACCAAAUGCGUGCGUUAUUGUGACUCCAAUAUCAGAUGGCUGGAAGAAAAAAUGCACAGUAAAGAAUAUUAAUAUUGACUAAUUAGUUUUUUUUUUACCUAAAAUGUAUUGGAAUUUUUAUAAGAAACAACUAUACACAGACAUGUUUGAGGAAAAAAAUAUAGGUAUAAAAGGUAAAAAUAAGUGCAAUUGAUAUAAAUAAUGAAUAUAAAAAUAACACAACAAAGUAUAAUAAUAAUGUUAUAGAUAAACAUAACAAAACAUGCUUGUGGGAACAUACUGUACUUUGGGCAGGACACUUCACCCUUUCCCCCAGUGCCGCUCACACUGGUGGAUGAAUGAUGGGUGGUGGUCGGAGGGACCGUAGGCGCAAACUGGCAGCCACGCUUCCGUCAGUCUACCCCAGGGCAGCUGUGGCUACAAAUGUAGCUUACCACCACCAAGUGUGAACAUACUUGCCAACCCUCCUGAUUUUUCCGGGAGACUCCCGAAUUUCAGCGUCUCUCCCAAAAACCUCCCGGGACAAAUUUUCUCCUGAUUUUCUCCCGAUUUCCAGCCGGAGCUGGAGGCCACACCCCCUCCAGCUCCAUGCGGACGAGGAAGAUACAGCAAUGGCGACGCAGACGACAAGUAAGAUGAAGAAAUACGCUUGUAGGUUCCAAAACGAAUGGAAACAAGAAUUUCAGUUUAUCCAGGGCAGUUCGAAUGGGAAGGGGUAUGUUGCCUGUAAAUUGUGUAGAACAGACUUCUCCAUUGAACACGGUGGCUGAACGGAUAUACUCAGUCAUGUACGGACAGCGAAGCACAAAGCGCCGGCAGCGCAGCACCGGUCCCAGCCCAGUAUAUGUUCCCGGAUUCAGAGAUCGCUCGCCAGUACGCAAAUGGCAAAACAAAGGCUACUCAAAUAAUGAAAGGUGCCAUUGCCCCGGAAUUGGACAAAGAAGUGAUCGAACUUUGCCAAAACCAACCCUUUGGUCUGAUGUGUGAUGAAAGCACAAGCAGAAACACGGAUAAAGAGUUUGUGAUAUUGGCCAGGGUUUGCGAUCCGAAAACUCAGGAGGUGGUGACAAAGUUUCUGCACAUGCCAGUGUGCAACAUUAGCACAGCACAGAACCUCUUUGAGUCACUGAACACAGUGCUAAGUGACAGAAAAAUUGACUGGAGAAAUGUUGUGGCAUUUAAUAGUGAUAAUGCCAAUGUCAUGAAGGGGAAGCACAAUUCUGUUGUCAGCAGAAUCAAAGACAUGCAGCCAUCCCUAAUUGACAUGGGGUGCAUCUGUCAUCUGGUCCAGCUGGCCACAGGAUGUGGCAUUAGGGCUCUACACCAGCCUAUUGAAGACAUCCUCAGCAGUAUAUAUGCUCACUUUGACAUCAGUGCCAAACGUUGCGAAAUCUUCAGAGAGUUUGUGGAGUUCACAGACUCAGAAACUCUGAAGAUACUCCGAUACUGUGCAACCAGGUGGCUCAGCCUGCUGACUUGCAUAAACCGGGUGCUCAACCAGUGGGAUGCACUGCAGGCAUAUUCUGCCAGUCAUGAGGAUGUGGAGAACCCUGGCAAGGUGAAGAUGCUGGCUGAACAUUUAACCAGCAAGAAGACAAAUUUCUUCUUCCUCUUCCUCUCCCAGGCUCUGAAACCACCGGCAGAGUUCAAUAUUAUGUUUCAGGCUGAAGAGUGAUGGUUCAUCGGCUGCACCGGGAGAUGACCAGCCUGGUGAGAAGAAUAAGGGGAAGAUUUUUCCCUGCCAGCCUUAUUGCUGAUGUCCCACUGAAAGACAUCGAGUUGAAGGAUGCCAGCCUACAGUUGCCAGACAACGAACUCUUUCUUGGAGCAGCUGCACAAAGCCUCUUGGAGGACAACAUGGAUGAACUUUCCGCCUCUGUCCCAAUGAUGAUCAAGGCAGUGAGAGACUUUUUUGUAGCUGUGACCACAAAGAUGAUGACUGCAUUCCCCUCGACAACAUCAUCCUCCAAAACCUGACCGUGUUGGACCCAGAGUCACGGCAUCAAUUUUCCCCAAACUCAGUUAUAGAGCUAGGAAAAAGUCUGCCGCAGCUGCGAUUGGACCUGGAUAGCCUCCGGGAAGAAGUAGUGGAGUACCAAGUGCUUGGCAGUGAAGAUCUUCCUCGGGAAGCAAGGAUUGACCGGUUUUGGGCCAUACUAGGGAGAGAUGGAAGAUUCCAGACUCUCGUGCAUUUGAUGAAAGCACUUUUGUGCGUGCCACACAGCAAUGCAUCAUCAGAGAGGGUGUUCAGCAUGGUUAGAAAAAUAGUGACAGAGAAUAGAACAAGGAUGCACAAUUCAACCAUUAACUCACUCCUUUCCUGCAAAAUAAAUUUCACAGAUGCUGCCCACACCUAUGCUCCUUCAAAGGCUGUGCUUCUGGCUGCAAAGCAUUGCACUUUCAAAUACAACAAUGAGUAGAUGAGUGUUAUGUGUGUGUAUAUGUGUAAAUAAAUGAACACUGAA